AUGGAUGGCACCACCAAGAAGCAUCGAUUUCCGUCGAAGACAAAUGAACUCUUAAUUUUCUGGUUAUCUGUAAACACUCCCCCCGCUUCAGAUCUAGAUCGUCAUCGUUGUCUUCGGUUUUCAGAAAACGAUCUAGAAUGUUUUUGUCGAUCUGGAACGUCGCUGCCACCAUUCAUCUUCUCCGAUCGUCAUCAGAUCUGUUCGAGAAAGAGAUUGGCUGUUCUUCAGUGGAUGAAUGUACUUUUCAAGCUUCGUAUUCAACCUCCAAAUUCAUCAUGUUCUACUACUGGUGACCUGAAAACCCCUAAUGAGAAAUUGGUCUAUGAGGAAGUACAGAUUCGACAAAAAACCGAGAUUAAGGGUGUUGUACAUUUGGGAAUUGAUGACGAAGACGGUUUUGUUUGA